GAAGGGCCGUUUUCUCUGAAGCUCCGGCUCGACGGCUGCCCUGCUUCCGCUUCCGGGUCUCCGGAGAAGAUGGCGGCGGCCUCCAGCCUCUCGAAGGCCGAGUACCUGCGGCGGCGCUACCUGGAGGGCUGCGAUGCCGAGGCGGGCAAGAAGCGGCGGCGGAAGAAGGCGGCGCCGGGUCGGAUGCGCAUCGUGGAUGACGACGACGUGAGCUGGAAGAGCAGACCUGCCGAUGAGGGGAAGGAGGAGGAGGAAGAGGGCGACGAGAGUGACCUGCCCGUGGUGGCUGAAUUUAUCGAUGAACGGCCGGAUGAAGUUAAAUGGAUGGAAACCUUCCGAGCAAGUAACAAAUGGAAGUUAUUAGGAGAUCAGAAUGAAGAGCCACAGUUAUUUGGACAUUCUGCAACAACUGCAUCAAUAAGCAGUUCAGAAACCUCCAGAACAAAUGAAAGAAAACAUUUGUUGGACCAGUCCCCACCUAGGAGGGCCCAUCAUGCCCAGCCUGAUCUGUCCCCUAAAAGAGAGCCUUCAGCAGGAGGCACAAAUCGUGUCAAAGGCUUGAGUGGAAGCCAGUGUGAAUUGUUCUCAGAUGAACGUUCUGCCGGCCAGAAGUAUAAGGCAGCCGCUGGUGCCGAUGUGUCGCUGCCUUGCAAGAAAGCACCUCGUGCAGAGGGAGACUUGCUGCUGCCUCAGAAGGGGCUGCCAUCCAGAAGCACCCUGCAGCCCCAGCCAACAGCAGCAUCACCAAGGAAGCGGCAGAGACAUGAUUCGGAAUCCAGUUCUGGCUCUUCUCCGACAAGGAGGAGAGCUCAAGCCACCUCAGAUUCGGACCUUUCGCCACCACGGGCCACUGGCCGACCAGGUUCACGGCGACCAAAUUCUCCGUCUGAUCUCUCCCCUCCUAGAAGGAAUCGGCACAAAUCUUCAGAUUCGGACUUAUCUCCUCCCCGAAGAGGAGCAGAAUCAAAAAAGAAAAGCCACAAGUCCAGGACUCUCUCUACUAACUUGCCACGUCAUCAGGCCAUGGAGUCCAAUGGGAGCAGCCAGAGGAUGCUGUCAGGGGGAAAAGCUGGCUUGGUAUCAGCUGAUCUGUUGAGAAAGGAGCAGCAGGAACGUAAGAAGGCUAGCAGCAGCAACAAUAGCAAACAUCUGGAGGAUGAAUCGCGGCAUGCAAAGACAGUUUUCCGGGAUGAGAUGGGCCGUAAGAGGGACCUGAAGCAGGAGCGGCUGGAGCAGCGCAAGAGAGCAGAAGAGAAGUCUGAGCGGGACGAGCAGUACGCCAAGUGGGGGAAAGGCCUGGCACAGAGCAGGCAGCAGCAGCAAAAUGUGGAAGAUGCAGUGAAAGAAAUGCAGAAGCCCCUGGCGAGGUACAUCGAUGACCAGGACUUGGAUCAGAUGCUGCGGGAGCAGGAGCGAGAAGGAGAUCCCAUGGCCGACUUCAUGAGGAAGAAGAAGGCGGCCAAGGAGGGGCAAGGCACCAAAGAAAAGCCCAAGUAUAAUGGACCAGCACCCCCUCUGAACAGGUUUAACAUCUGGCCAGGCUAUCGCUGGGAUGGAGUAGACAGGUCCAACGGUUUUGAGAAGAAGCGCUUUGCCAGAAUAGCAAGCAAAAAAGCGACACAGGAACUCGCGUACAAGUGGAGUGUGGAGGACAUGUGAGCAUCCGGGCCAAACCGGGACGAAGAUUUUUAAUCUUCCUCCUACCAGAGUUCACCUCCUAGAAUCUGCAAGAGAGCCGCUGUGCCCAGCGCAGCUGCCUAGGAGCCCCGGCAUGCAGUGGUUGUUUGAAGCUGUUGGAACGAAGACCCUGG